AUGAGAUUUACGAGUAACAAUCGUUUACCAAAAAACACGCCAAUAUACGCCUACGCCAAAUUAUUCGCCCAAUUCUGCUUAUUAUCUGAAGAAUUGGAGAGAUGGCUUAAAAGAGUUUGUAAAAUGGCUUUCGAAGGACGUUUGUCCCAUGUUAGUCGUUCAGAAUCUUACAUGAAUCAGAAUUACCUUGGAUGUAUUAACAAUCGAGACGUUGACCUUAAUCGUUUACGUUCCCUGGCCAACCAGCUUUUGGUUAUGUCCGGAAAGACCUCUGAUUACGCAACUGAACCAGUGGAAGAUUUUCUUGGGGUCAAUAUUUCCAGUAGAUUUCAAGAAAUCGAAACCAUAUGGAGUGAUAUUACAAGUCUCGUUCAACCGAUGAGCUUAUUUCACGACCCAUCACGUACAAUAAAAGAUGUUGAACUGGACGUUCAAGAAACUGAGGCUAAGCUUCGCUCAAUCAGUAGACGAUCUUUUGACCUACAGACCGUACUAACCAAGUCGAUCAGAGGAACAUGUGACUUAAAUUCAUAUAUGAGUGUACUUGAGGCGGAGCAUAUCUCUCUCAAACGAUCUAUGCAAACACUGUCCGCCGCUAGCUGUAUACUUUCACAGCUCCAUAUGUUUAGUAUCGAAAAUAAUCUGCAUUCAUAUGGAGGUGAAACUUUUGAUUUGCUUAUCUGCAGACUUACUGAGAAUAUCAACAAGUUAACUGACGGAGGCUGGUCUCUUUGGUGUAUGCACCUGGAGUUACGUGAACGCUGGAAGUAUUUAUCUAAAGGUCGAAGUUCUUUUGAAAAUGUGAGUUAUCAUUUCGUACACAAUCUGUUAAAUAACUGGAGUAAUAUUUAUUGGCCGGUAAUUGUUCAUGUCAGUCUUAUCUCCAGAUUUGUAACGUGGUAUGAUGUGCGCGGUUUUCCAACAGUAAGGCUGAAUUUUGAUGUGAACAAUCGGAUCGAUUAUUCAACUUCCAGUGUAUAUUCACUGUGUUGUUCAGAAUCAGGAUUUGCAAGUGAUGCUGACCAAUUCCUAACUUGUCAAGCAGUAGACCAAUUAGGUUUAUCUAAUUCUAAUUUUGUUAUUUCUGAUUUAUUCACUACGAAGUCCAAAAAUAGAAAAUCAUUUUCUUCUGUAAAUGAUAAUAUUCUUUCUCAAUCCUCGGACUGUUUAUGGACUGCCAAUACAGAUUCAAAUGAUUCAGACGCAAUCAGUGAUUCACCUUCUGGUUUAUUCCAUGAAAUUUAUAAUCGUACACCAACUAAAUUGGUCAGUUCUUCUAUGGAGCCUAAUGGGAAGAGUGACGAUAAUGAUAAUGACAAGACUAAUAAAUAUAAAUACUCUGCAAAACAGCCGAAAUGUCCGUUUGAUAUUUGUUUCGAACAAACAAAUUCCUUAGAAGAUUUUAACCGUGAUAACCUGAGCAUGCAUGUAGCAGAUACUCAUGAUUUGGGUUCUCUUUAUUCACGUUUUCAUUCCAGUGAUUCUGGAUUGAAACGCAAAUGCUCUUCUGCAAAUCGAAUUCGGCUUAAUUCUUGGAGUGGAGAAGAUAUAUUUAAGAUGCCCAUUGGUAUUUUUUCCUCAAAGGAUCAUCAACGUCUUCAAUUCAUAGCAACAUGUGGUUUUUCUUCCCCUGGCACUUUAACUAGUCCUAAACAAUACAAUUAUAGAAAGUUACGAAGAAAUUCAUUUUCGUCUUUGUUACCCCGUAUAGAUCACCAUUCAAAUCCAAAUACUGUUGAUCUACGUGAAACAGCGAAUUAUAAUUUGAAUGGCACUACCUGCUCAGAGUUAUUACCAACUACCGAAUUCAAGUCAAAUCUAUUUCGUUCCAAUUCUCAACAAUCCCCUGAUCUUUUAUCAAUAAUUAUUCCUCCGAAUAAUUCAAACGAUAAUCAUAGUAUCAAUGGUAAUAAUAAUUCUGAACAUGUUGAAAUAUCAAAGAACUUUAAUCAUGUUCAUAAGGACCAUGGUCUGGUGUAUGGUAUCCAUGUUCAUUUCGAUGAAAAACCCUCUAACAUUCAUAGGGACGAUAAUAAUGCUGAUGGACUGGAAUGGGAUGAUUUGGGUGAUUUACAAAUUGCAAAGUCUGAUUCCCCAUCACUGUUGCCAAGUAAUGAAUCAGCCGACACAUUGAAUGGAUCUAUUCUUCCCUGCUCUCCACUUACCCUUGCUGCUGAGGCAUUAGUUUCUCCUCGUUUUCAGUUAACUGAACCCCACGUUCAGCAUCUCAGUCAAAUUGUUAACUCACAACAAAAAUCUCACGCAGAGGUCUCUUUACAUCCCUCACAUCAUUCAGAAAUUUCCAUACUAAUAAACAAUUUAUCUGUCAGUCAAAAUAAUUCUUAUUCUCCAGAAUCAGUGAAAUCCUGGGAACAAACUAUUGAGGUACAGAAGUGUGAUUCGUCUUGUGCUAAUAUUGAUUUUCUUGAAUUGCAUACACCUGCACAUCCUGAUACAAUAGUAAAUAAUAACGAAGCAUAUUGUUACAAUCGGGGCAACAAUAAUCAUACUAAAUUAGGAGCUGCUUCUGUCAUGGAUUUGCCCGAUAGUUCGUUGGUAAAGGAAGCUGAUAUUCUCCCUCUUUUAACGUCAAUACGUCGGGACGCGUUUCCACUUAUUAAACUAUUAUUACGUUUAGAAGAAAAAUCUGUGACUGGACUUUUGGAUUCGGCUUUGCAAGUUAAUGAAAAUCCAUGCUCACAAAAAUUGGAGGACGAGCGUCGACAACUGGAUAUUGAUAAAAGUUAUCUCAUGCAUUAUGGUAAACGUCUUACUCAGUGGACUUAUACUAUGGAUAAGUUAUUGGAUUCUUUUCGAUCUGAGGAAGCAGACUAUAAGACACAAUCACAAACUUCAUUAUCAAUCGCUUUAAAUACAUUUGGUGAUUGGUUAUUAGCUCUUAAGGCAAGACAUACUAUGGCUUUUUGGGUUGUAAAUUGGCGUUCAUCUAUGUUUGAUCAUUUGGUGGGAGAAAGCUAUGACGCGAAUGUAUCGUUGUUGGGCAUGAAACAACGUGUUCAGACAGCGAUUCAUAGAGCGCAGGCGGUAUUGAAACCACUUCUACAGUCUUAUGAUGAGUUUACGUCAUCUGCUGAUAAUAUUGACCACUGCUUAAAUGAAAUACAUUCUGAUCUUGGUGUAAUUUCAACCUAUUCAUCCAACGAGUUCGUAAACACUUUAGAAGAACUACGUGAUUUAAAUGAAAAUCUAUGGACUAUCCAGUCACGUUUGGGUUCAUGUUACUUAUUCAAUGACUUCUGGAAAUUUUCCUGUAAAUCAAACAUUCUUGUACAACAUGAUAGUCAUGAUCAUCAUGGUAAAGAAUUGAAUGUCAAUAUAUCAAAAUGCUCCAUUACCAAUUUAAUUCAUUUUUCUUGUGAACUUCGUCAGAAAAUUCUAACUAUGAUUCGUGAUUUAGAAUCGGCAAUAAUUAACAAAUCAAAUGCAAUUAUAGUUAAAACAAAAUACUUGUCAAUUUACCAUGCAAAACAACACUUAAUUGAUUCAACUAUUCCUUUUAUUGUAGAAAAAGACAAAGAAGUGAUUGACAGUAUGAUCUCAUCAAAUGACUCGGUACAGUUGGACAACUAUUAUCUCGAUACUGCAGUUGGUCAUUUACACUCACGUUCUUUUCACGAAUCACUGUAUUACACAUUUUUCUCACAAACUUAUUCUAAUAUUUUACCACAUUUUAUAUUCAGUAUCGAUAAACGGUCAUUCGGAAGAUGCUUCUUAAUCUUUUUACUUAUUUCUAUUGUAUUUAUUCUAUUUGAAUCGUUCUUUGGUGAACGUUCCAUAAUUUCGCUAAAGUCUCUUGGUAAUGGUUGUCAUAGUGAUGGUCCGGUCGUUGAACUAAGCACAAAUCAUUUAGUGAAAUUCUUUACCUGUUUUCAACUUCCCAAUUCAAACAAUGUGAUUUGGUAA